UAAAAUUGGGUCGUGUGGAAGGGGUUUAAAUAUUCACAUCAAAAUCCACUCGUAACUCGUGAUUCCCACUCGAUUCAAGAUGCAUUGCUAGAUAUACUAUUUUAUAUACUUAGUGAAAAGCAAGCAAAGCAAACUUAGGUAUUUAUUUUAAUAGUUUGUUUACUACAUUAAUGAGUACAUAGGUACUUCAUUUAUUUUGUCUUUUGUAAUUUAUGUCUGUAAAGAAUUUGUGAGUUGUCUCAACGAAACAGGAUAAAAAUGAUACAUAGUUUAUUUAUAAUAAACCCUUCUGGGGACGUUUUUCUUGAAAAACAUUGGCGAAGUGUUAUACCACGAUCAGUAUGUGAUUAUUACUUGGAGGCACAGCGGGCAUCACCAAAUGAUGUUCCACCUGUGUUAGCUGCUCCCCAUCAUUAUCUCAUAUCAAUUCAGAGAGGUGGAGUAGCACUUGUGGCUGUGUGUAAGCAGGAGGUCUCCCCCCUCUUUGUGAUAGAGUUCCUGCACAGGGUAGUUGAUACAUUCCAGGAUUAUUUUUCUGAUUGCACUGAGACUAUUAUUAAGGAAAACUAUGUAGUUGUUUAUGAGCUAUUAGAUGAGAUGUUAGAUAAUGGAUUCCCUCUAGCAACAGAAAGUAACAUUUUGAAGGAAUUGAUAAAACCACCAAAUAUUCUUCGAACUAUUGCCAAUACUGUAACUGGUAAAUCAAAUGUUUCCUCUACAUUGCCUUCUGGUCAGUUGUCAAAUGUUCCAUGGCGGCGUUCAGGCGUUAAGUACGCUAACAACGAGGCGUACUUUGAUGUAGUGGAGGAGGUUGAUGCAAUUGUAGACAAAAGUGGUGCUACUGUGUCUGCUGAAAUACAAGGAUAUAUUGACUGCUGUAUAAAAUUAAGUGGAAUGCCUGAUUUGACUCUUACGUUCGUCAAUCCAAGAUUGUUUGAUGACGUCUCAUUUCAUCCUUGUGUGAGAUUUAAGCGGUGGGAGUCUGAGAGAAUAUUGUCGUUCAUCCCUCCAGACGGCAACUUCCGGUUGAUGUCGUACCACAUCGGGUCCCAGAGCGUGGUGGCCAUCCCGAUCUACGUGCGCCACAGUCUGGCGCUGCGCUCCAGCGGCGACCAGGGCCGCCUCGACCUCACCGUCGGGCCCAAACAGACCAUGGGACGGACUUUGGAAAAUGUCGCGUUAGAAAUCUGCAUGCCAAAGUGCGUGUUGAACUGUUCGCUGACCGCCAACCAGGGGAAGUAUUCCUACGACCCGGUGAGCAAGAUCCUGCUGUGGGACAUCGGCCGCAUUGAGCUCCCCAAGUUGCCCAACAUCAGAGGAACUGUGUCAGUGGCGUCGGGCGCGGACACGGCGGGCGCCAACCCUAGCGUCAACGUGCACUUCACGAUCCCGCAGCUGGCGGUGAGCGGGCUGCGCGUGAGCCGCCUGGACAUGUACGGCGCCAAGUACAAGCCCUUCAAGGGCGUCAAGUACGUCACCAAGGCGGGCAAGUUCCACGUCCGCAUGUGAUGGGACGAGGGGGAAGGCUCGUGGGUCUACGCCAGCCUUUCUGCGUGUACGUAAAAAAAACUAUUUUGGACGAAGGAGAAAUAUUACCAAGUGUUCCGAUAUCUAAACAAAAUAUAGAUUUUUAUAAAAAAUAUAUGGAAUAAACCUUUACAAAUUGUGUGGAAUAAUAUAUACUAAACUACAGUAUCUUAGUUCUAUCUAUUAGCUGCUGAAUGAAACAGCGGAAAUAUAGAUCAUGAAGGAACUACAAUUUUUGAAUGGAUGUGGAUGUAAAAAAAUUCUUCCCGCUUUGAGGCCUUCACAUCAGAAUCCCACGUUGUGAUUGGUUGGCUGCGCCCUUAAGCGAGAAAUAAACAAGAUUGAAUUGAGAACUCGUACAUUGUACACAUGUUUAUUCCCAAUAUGGUCUUGUGCAAUGUGUAUAAUUAAUACUUAUAUAAAAAGUGUAUCUAGCUAGAUUAAAUCUUAAAUGUAACUUAAGUAAUGCUAUGCAAUUGAUUGUUUUUAUCGUAAAUAAAACGUAUUACGUUAAAUUUA